UAGUAGCAGGUCGAGCAGUUUUCGUGAACGCCGUUCGGAGGAAAGAAUUGGUAAACAUAACAAUUCAAUGAGAAAAUUUGAGACAGGAUCGUUUCCAAAAUCAAAAUCUGAAAACUCAGUUUCUAUCACUACGCGUGCAGCAGCAGCAUCCGAUACCGGCACAUCGUUGCCAACAGCGCGUAAAAAGUUAGAACUAAAACCACGAAGUACAGCCGCUCCUUCAAACGAAGCACCUACUCCACGAUCAACCAAACCAAAUCCGUUUG